ACUAAUCGAAAACUUUUAAUGAUUUGUUUUUAUUUUGUUAUUCGUCGCUUGCAGAUUUUACAGACCCACGUAUUGUUAAAACAAAUACAAAGACGUUUUAAACAUGUCCUUGUCGGUUGAGAGCAGUAAAUCUUUGCUGAGGAAGGGCGAUAUGAAGUUGGAAAACUAUCCAACCUGCGCCGUGGAGGCUCUAACUCGAUUGGAAACAUUGAUCGCCAGCAGGAACAAACAAAAUAUGGUGAUGCAAAUCAUAUCAGAGUACAUAUUCCUAGAAAGAACCUCUAAGGAUGGCGACGUGCGAAAGUCGCAGGCACUUCCCAUUAGCCAAAUGAAUCUUUUCCAGGAGUUCCAGCUGAUCAUUGCGUUAAUUGAGUACUUUUCACGGCCUGGAAGAGAUGCCACUCGAAACGCCAUAUUCCUUUCGCUUUUCGGUAGCCACCUGACACCACAACGAUCCAAAUUACUUUCCCGGCUUAUCAGCACAGCGGUUUCCGGAUCAGUGGCACCUUUGCUCUCCUCUGCCGGCACGUGGAUGCAACAAGUGGGCUGCAAGACGCCCCUCAGCUUGGAGGUGGCCCAAAAUAUUGUAAGCGACUUUAUAUCGUACUCGCGUAAAACGCCGGAACAACUAAAGCAGCUGCCCAUGGUGGGUCCACAUUUUGCGGCCAACUUUAUGGUUGCUGUCGCGGAUUUGUAUCUCAACGAGCAGCGCUCGCAGAGCCUGAAUCCGCCGCCAGAUGCACUACUUGAUACCAUUACCGAAUGGAUGACGGAGAAUCCAACAUUGUGUCAGGCUUCACAACAACCUUUGGUCUUGCCCGCUGGAGCCAUAGCAAUGCCCUUUACCACUCCUUUAGCAGGCCUCCUGCGUUGGGUAGUCCUUGCUCCGUUGGUGUCCAACCGGGCCGCCUAUAGCAAUUUACAUCUGUCCCUCCUGCGAGCUCUGCAACAACUCGUCAGCAGUGGAGAAUCAACAGCGCUGCCCAGCCAGGACCUCAUGCAAAUUGUAAAAUCCCUGCAGAAUUACUGCUCACGAUUGGCGGAGUCUAAGACGGAUCCCGAGGAAGAUGCUGCCUAUCAGAAGUGCAUGGAGCGAUUCGCUCAAGCUGUGCAAAUCGCAUUGAGUUCAAACUGCAUUACCAACCAGAUCCAGUUGCUGUGCGUCCUGGAAUCUUUACCACCUCACAAGCUAAUGAAAAUCGUUAUAGAUGCCCACAAGAAGUAGUAGAUCAUAUAAAAAUUUAUUUAAUUCAAGCCUUGAGUAAUGUAAGUUGGUUUACAAGUCAAUUGCAAUACCUGUGUAUAUUAACAAAUUUAAUUGCGUUAAUAUGAUGUAGGGAGAUUUGGCUAAAAUAGUAAUGAUGAUAAAUGUAGGUAAAAAAUAUUACUAAUAAAACAGGUUUAAGAAACUCGUUGCUUCCUUUAG